GCGCGUUCCUGAGGACCCAACCCAGCCCAACCGGAAGACAACAGAUGUUUCAUCCCUUUGAGACGAUGCAAACCUGUCAACACUAAAUACUAGCAUCAUUCACUAAGUUAAUAAAAUGCCAUUAUUUGACGGGUUGGGAAGUGGAGGAGAGAAGACUGCGAUCGUUAUUGACCUCGGAGCAGCAUACACAAAAUGUGGCUUUGCAGGGGAAACGGGGCCCAGGUUCAUAAUUCCGAGCGAGAUCCGGAAACCGGGGCAGCAGCAGGCCAUCAAAGUGGUACAAUACAACAUCAACACAGAAGAGCUUUAUGUCAUCCUCAAAGAGUUUAUCCAUUUACUGUACUUCAGGCACCUGCUGGUGAACCCUCGAGACAGAAGAGUGGUCAUCAUCGAGUCCAUCCUCUGCCCGUCUCACUUCAGGGAGACGCUCACCAAGGUUUUCUUCAAACAGUUUGAGGUGCCCUCUGUGCUGUUUGCUCCAAGUCACUUGAUGGCCAUCAUGACUUUGGGCAUCAACUCUGCUCUGGUGAUGGAUUGUGGACACACAGAGACACUGGUGUUGCCUGUUUAUGAGUGCACUCCUAUCCUGCCAGCUUGGGAGGCUUUGCCUUUGGGAGGGAAAGCCAUCCAUAAAGAAUUAGAAGGACUUCUUGUGGAGCAGUGCACUGUGGACACAGACACCACCACUGGGCAGAGCGUACCAGCUGCCAUCGGGACCAUUCCAGAGGAGACUGUGGAGGAUAUCAAGGUGAGAACAUGCUUUGUCAGUGACCUGCAGAGAGGCCUCAAGCUCCAGGAAGCCAAAUUCAACCUGGAUGGUACAGCAGAACGUCCAGCCCCUCCUCCAGAUGUUGAUUAUCCUCUGGAUGGUGAGAAAAUCCUGCACGUCAAAGGAUCAAUCAGGGACUCUGUGAUGGAGAUCCUGUUUGAACAAGACAAUGAAGAGAAGAGUGUGGCCUCUCUGAUACUAGAUGCUCUGGUCAAGUGCCCCAUUGACACACGUAAGGUGCUCUCAGAGAACCUGGUGGUGAUCGGAGGCACCGCCAUGCUGCCGGGUUUCCUGCACCGUCUGCUGGCAGAGAUACGCCUCCUGGUGGAGAAACCCAAGUAUAGCGACGUGCUGGCCAGCAAGAGCUUGCGUAUCCACGCUCCACCGGCCAAGCCCAACUGCACCGCCUGGCUCGGAGGUGCUAUAUUCGGGGCGCUGCAGGACAUUCUAGGCAGCAGGUCGGUGUCACGAGACUACUACAACCAGACAGGCCGCAUCCCAGACUGGUGCUGCCUGAGCUCCCCUCCUCCAGAGUCUCUCUACGAAGCAGGAAAGACGCCUCCUCCUCUUAUGAAGAGAGCCUUCUCCACAGAGAAGUAGAACGCGCUGUAACAUUACUGAAACAAUGUACUCUCCUCUACAUGAUAGAACAGUUGACUUAUCUUAUAUGUAACAUCUCAACUCAAGUCUUGUCUAAGUGUUAACGACACAAACGGCUCUAGAUGGUUUGUAUGUCUAGUAGACACAUGUUUUUGUACUUUGAGUGAUGAUGAUGAUGAUCAGGCGAGCUGGUUUCUGACCUCAACAGACAGAACAGAUAUUGGGAUUACAUUGAUAAGGAUCAGGACUACAGCUGUUAGAAUUUCAAAUAGGUAACCUGUACGUACUCACUCACUUUACUUUGCUCCGUUUGUUGGCAGUUGCACUAAAAAUACAUUGUGCUCAGCAGAACCAAGCUGAACUUUAGUCAUUCAUUUGUAAACAAAACUGCAGAACUGCGAAGUGUGGAGAUCUGACUGUUUUUUUAGACAGUGAUGUCCCAUGAAGAUGAAAAAUGUCACUUAUUUAUUGUUUGGAUCUGUCCGUAUAAAGUGGUGGUUGAAUAAAGGCCCUGUACACUCACACAGGUGUUUUUCAGUUAUUCCAUAUUAAAACAGAGUGGAGGCAUCCUCUGAGAUAACAAAACUCACCACCCUAAAAAGUAUGUAACAGGAGAUAUUAUGUGAUCUGAAUAUAUCCACAUUGUCUUUACAGUGAUCUAAUCGAUCUAAAAAUUGAAAUCAUCUGUGUGUGUUGACCAUAGUUGUUGUUUACAGCCUUUAAACACCUUUUAAACAAUACCAUCCUACUCUGUAACCUUUAAAUCCAACUGUUACCACAAAUAAAUAUUCAGAAUUCAAUCAAA